UUAAAAAAUAAGCAUUUUUGUAUAAAAUAAUUUCAAAUAUGUGUAUGUAUAUGUGAUAAAAUGUAUAAGUAAUUUGUUGAACUACAUUUUGGCUACGUUCCAUUUGGCGAUUGCAACGUUCCUGAAAGUAUAUCCUUGUUAUUCACUGAAAGUUAAACAAAGACAGAUGAUACUCGCGAGUAUUGCGAUCGCCAAGUGAAACGUAGUCAAAGAUUUUAUAGCAAAAGAAGAAAUCGACGUGUUUAGCGCCAUGUUGCUGCCUUUUUUCGUACGAUUUUUGAACGAUUGAUCGAUUUUUCUAUGCAUAUAUCACUUUGUUUGACGCAAUUAUUUAAAUUCAUUUAAAACAAAUAUUUAAUAAGAGAAAAAUAGAAAGGAGAGAAACAAAGAUUAUGACUGGAACAAACAGAUCUUUCGAGCAUUUUUGAAAGAAAUAUGGUAUAUACGUUGUAAGAAAAAAAGAAUCACGCGCAAUCACGUGUUCUCGCCGGUAAUAAACAACGGUGUAUAGUUUGUCGUGAACAGUUGUUCACUUUGAUCACGUUGUUUAAAUUUGAAAUUUCUGAGUGAGUGUUUACUUAUCGUCCCGAAUCUUGCUACAGUAAUACUGGAGGAUAUUGCAAGGAAAGAGCCGAAUCUUAUCGCCGUUUCAGAUUAUUGUCAGGUUCCUCACCAAGUAAGGUAACAUUUGUUAAAACCAGUGAUAGAUUGUUUUCUGCGCGAAUUACACGCUGCAAGGUUGAUUUCCAAGAGAAAUCUAACCUGUGAUCGCACGUGAUCUCUUUGAGGUUAUAUUUUUUUACGUGAAUAUUUCACGAAUUGGAUAGACUAUUUCUAUUUGACGCAUUCCAGACUGGAUUAAAUAUCUUAAAAUUGUCGUGAGUGACAAUUGUAAUAAGCAUUGUAGAAAGGAACAUUGUAAGCAGUAUGCCUACGUGGAACCAGAUUCAGGCUCAGCUGCGAAAUCCCAACAAUCCGGUUGUUUUCUUCGACGUAUCAGUAGGCACCACAGAGAUUGGUCGUAUGAUCUUCGAGCUGUUCGAGGAUGUGUGCCCGAAGACAUCAGAGAAUUUCCGGCAAUUCUGCACUGGUGAAUACAGGAAAGAUGGUGUUCCGCUGGGUUUUAAAGGUGCCAUCUUCCACAGAGUGAUCAAAGAUUUUAUGAUACAAGGCGGCGAUUUCGUCAACGGUGAUGGUACUGGAGUGUUGAGUAUCUACAGCGGUGGAACAUUCCCAGACGAGAACUUCACUCUGAAGCAUGACUCACCUGGUCUAUUGUCUAUGGCCAAUAGCGGCAAGGAUACCAAUGGCUGCCAGUUUUUUAUUACAUGUGCCAAGUGCAACUUUUUGGAUGGCAAGCACGUUGUCUUUGGCAGAGUGAUUGAUGGUUUGCUCGUCAUGAGAAAAGUGGAAAAUGUUCCUACUGGACCAAAUAAUAAGCCAAAAAUUCCAGUUACGAUAUCUCAGUGUGGACAAAUGUAGUAGUAACAUAUUACUUAUUUAUAUUUGUAUAAACUUUCUCUUACAUUAUUGAUAUAAUUGUAUGGGCUUGUCCUUUAAAAAAAAGAGAAACAUAAAAAUAAAAUUUUUAUUUUAUAUAAAAUUAUUGUUAUGUAUUGGUAUGUAUGGUUAUUGGAAUUAUAUACAAAGAUGUAAUUUCUUUAUUUGUUUGAUGCA